AUUUUUACAGAGGGGGAAACUGAGGCAUGGGUCUCAUGAGGCCCCCCCCAGUUCUGAUGCCUUCGGGCAUCUCCGUCCGGAGCUCCAGGGAAGAUCAGUCCCUUCCUGUAGCCGGAGCAAGCCUGGACCUGGAGUGACCUGGUCUCGUGUGUUUUUAGCACGUAACGCACAGCCCCAACCGCCCGGAGAAGACCGGGGAGAAGUGGCACACAAUGAGCGGGACCCCCGAGGGGGGUGGCAGAGUGGGGGACCCCCGGCACGUCCCCCCCUGGGGCUAGCCCUGGGGCAGGCGGGAGAUCUGGGGUCUCCUGCCUUCCCCUCCGGGUCAGAGGUCAGAGCGCACAUAAUAACCCCCUCCGCCCCGACUAGCCUGAGCCGGGGGCAGUCCUUUCUGACCCCCAGCAAGGAUAACCCCCCACCCCCCAGUAAUGGGGAAGCCCUUCCCAGCCUCCUGCGCGGAAUUGGCCCCGCUCCCAGGCCCCAGGGCGGUUGUGCCCCCUUCCUGUCACUGGUCCGGACGGUCCAGCUCCCCCGCGGUGGGACCAGGCAGGGUUGGUCCAGAUCACAUCAGAACCCCUCUGUCCCCCCGUGUCAGCCCUGGGGCCCACGGUGGGGGGGGGAGGGGGGGUCUCCCGUCCUGGCAGCCCCCCCGGGGUGAUUCCCCGCUAUCACCUGGCGCCUCGAAGUGGCUGAAUCCGGGUAGGAGCCCAUGGGCUCGUGCACACGUAUGCACACACCCACACGCCUGACUGCUCUGUCACCACGGCGUUAAUCACCACCGGGCCCAUAAAGAGAGGACUUUGUCAUCCCGGCAGGGCUGGGCCAGGUAACCGGCCCCGGGUUCAGGACACGCCUGUGCACACGUGUGUGCGGAGCCCAAGCAUCCAGCGAGCAGUGUCCAAGCGCACGCACGAGCCCCGGAGCCAGGCGUCCGGGCCCCAGGCCGCGCACAGGACCCCGGUGUCCGGGCGCACGCGCCGUGAAGAGGACCCAGGUGCCCGGGACGCGUGGACCAUGCCCGGCCGUGGACGGGGCUGGCGCAUCGGCUACUGCCUGCCCGAGCAGAAGAAGAGGAAGCUGAACUUCCAGGACUUCGAGGCUCUGUGCAGGGAACGUGGCCACGAGGUCGUGGAGCUGGACCUGGGCCGGCCCCUGAGCCCGCAGGGCCCCUUCGACGUCAUCCUGCACAAGCCCUCGGACCUGCUGCUCGCCUCAGACUACGACAUCCACGCCCAGAGCCUCGUCGACAACUUCCAGACCUACACGGACACCCACGCGCGCACCCUGGUGCUGGACCCGCUGUCGAGCGUGCGCCCCCUGCUCGACCGCUUCGAGUCCUGCCUCCUGCUCCGCGACCUGCGCGCCCAGGACAACAGCGUCUUCUCGCCGCCCUGCGUGGAGCUGCCCGCCGGGUCGGGGCGCGAGGCCCUGGGGCAGGUGCUGACCCGGGGCCUCACCUUCCCCCUGAUCUGCAAGACCCGCGUGGCGCACGGCCCCGACUCCCACCAGAUGACGCUGGUGUUUAACGAGGAGGGCCUGGGCGACGUGCGUGGCCCCUGCCUGCUGCAGAGCUUCGUCAACCACGACGCCGCCCUCUUCAAGGUCUUCGUGGUGGGGGACGCCCACUUCAUGGUCCGCCGCCCCUCCCUCAAGAACUUCCCCCGGGGCCAAUCAGCCCGUGGCUCCAUCUUCUUCGACAGCCGGGAGGUCUCCAAGCCCGAAUCCUGCUCCCGCCUGACAGAGCUGGAGCAGGCGGGGCCGGGCCCCACGCCACCGGCCCCCAGCGUGGUGGGCCGCACCGUGAGGGGCCUGCGCAACGCCCUGGGCCUCAGCCUCUUCGGGGUGGACUUGAUCGUGGAGCGGCAGACGGGGCGCUGCGCCGCCAUCGACCUCAACGCCUUCCCAGGCUACGAGGGGGUCCCCGAGUUCUUCCCAGCUCUGCUGAGCCAUAUCGAGACCCUGCUGGAGACCCGGGAGCGAGAGGAGCCCCCGUCGAGCCCCCCAGAGACACCCUGAUCGCCAUGGGACCCCCCCACCCGAUUUUCCAGAAUGGACGGGGACUUGCGGGGCUCAGCCCGGACCCCCCCGGGGCCGGUCCCUAUUGCACACAAGAGACCAGACCCUGCGGCCUGUCCAUAGGGCCUGUCCCUCUGCCCCCAAUAUAUGCAAAUACAAGCAGCAAUUAUGUGGUGGCAGCA